CUACGAGCAUGCGAUGCAUCGCGCGAAUCCGAAUACAACACUCCUUCCUCAUCCUACGCUGUACAGUCCUCCUCCGGUGACGCUGGCCGGGUACCUGCUGCGUGGCCGGUGAUCUGUCAAUGCCAACGCGACGGCCACGUGCGCGUUUGCAUCUUGCGCGGGCAAUCAGACGACGCGCGGUAAACCGCCAUGGACCCAGCCCCCAGAAGUAGGCGGAGCCGCAACAGAGAAGAAGAAGAUGCUCCCGAGGCUGGGGACCGCCAGCGAGAUGAACGGGGCACUUAUACGAUUCGCGCCGUGACCCCCGAGUUACCAGAGGACACGAUGACGCCCGUCUCUCCGCGCUCCAACAGCAUCUCGUCCCGCACCAGCGCCAGCAACCCGCGCAGCUUAGUCGCUCGCGCAAACUCGAACAACGAUGCCGAAUACGCUCUCCGCAAUGUCAAAGAUCCGCAGAACCGCCCGCGCACACGCACAAUGGAGGAACGCUCGACGCGGGACAAGAGUCCCCCCAACCUCUUCGUCGCCAGCAGACACCGGAUAGGCUCUGUGCAUAGCACUGCAUCGUCGACCUUCCAGAGUAUCGAAGAAUCAGUCGUGACAUCCAUCGGGCACCCUUCGACCAUCUCGCCCACGACCCACCAGCCCCCACCGCGUACGACAAGUUCCACGAGCCGAAGUCGUCUCCUCAAGCAGCCCCGCGCAUCGUCGCCUGAGAGAUCUGGUAACCUCUCUCCCAAUGCACAGCAGCCGGACUCGUGGGUGUCGCCAGUGCCAGCGUCAGAUGCCCGGAAGAUCUUCAAACUGAUGCGCGCCACAAAGGGGAAAAUGCAAGGCAUGUUGGCAUUCAGACGGGGCGAGUCGAGUCCUUGGUCGCUUUCCUACUGCUAUAUCAACGAGGAGGCCGGAAGUCUGGUGUAUGAGCCCAAAAGCGACAACUCGUACCACCGCACCCUGAUCCCAGAUCUGCGGGGCUGUCGUGUGAAGAGCGCAUACGAUGCCGAAGCCUACACUGCCUAUAUCCACGUCGUGGGCCACAAUUCGAAACUGGAAGUGUAUCUGCGUCCGCCCACGCAAGAAGAGUUCGACUCUUGGUUUGCGGCGUUGAUGUGUUGGCAACCGAUCCGUCCCAAAGGCAUUCACAACAAGAUGGCCAAGCCGCAGACGCCUCUAGUAGCGGAAAGACGCUUGGCAGACAGCAGACGACACUCGGAGGUAUCACUGUUGAAAGAGGCACCGAUCAUCAAGGUCGGCAAAAUGAUUUAUUGGGACACCAGUGUGACGUACAGCAACACCGGCACGCCAAAAUCUGGACACUCGCGGCCACAAGCGUACCGUAUACAGAGUCACGGAUCGCGACGCUGGCGGCGAGUGUCUUGUACGCUCAGAGAGAAUGGUGAACUCAAACUGUACUCCGAUACAGACGUUACGUUGGUGUCCGUUGUACAACUAUCUCAGCUUUCGCGUUGCGCCGUCCAGCGUUUGGAUCCGUCCGUUUUGGAUAACGAGUUCUGCAUCGCCAUUUACCCGCAAUAUACGUCUACAUCUACGUCGCUAUCAUUGCUGCGACCCAUCUUUUUGUCGCUAGAGUCACGCGUACUAUACGAGGUCUGGAUAGUUCUGUUGCGCGCUUUCACUAUACCACAGCUAUACGGUCCGAAGCAGCCUGCAUUGAGUGAGCUGAACGAGGAGGGUAUAAUGUCGCCAACUUUUGGCACCAAAGAUAUGUUCCGCAUGGAGAGGUCGCUGUUUGUGCGCGUUAUCGAAGCAAGACUGAUGCCACCCAUCAGUCCAAAGGUUGCCGACAUGCACCAUACCUCCCAGAGGCCUGGAUCUUCGAAUGCCACCAAUGCCGGAGGCUACUAUGUCGAGGUUCUCCUGGACGGAGAAACUAGAGCGCGAACGAUGGUCAAGAUGGAGGGCAACACGCCAUUCUGGCGAGAGGAAUUCGAAUUUCUCGAUCUCCCUGCUGUCUUAUCGACAGCAUCGCUACUUUUGAAAAAGAGACCUCCCAGCUCGCGUGGCGACAAGCAUGGCCACGAAGCGCCGACAGCUUCAGAUUCGUUUGCCUCUGAUGCUGGAGGCGGCUUCACCGGUAUAUCUUUUGAUCAGACGUGUGGCAAAACCGACGUAUAUCUUGAUGAUCUGGGUCCAAACCAGGAGACGGAAAAGUGGUGGCCUCUUGUUAACAUGUACGGAAACAGUGUUGGGGAGGUGCUUGUGAAAGUCAGCACGGAAGAGUGCGUUAUUCUCAUGGCUCGUGACUACCAGCCCAUGUCGGAGCUCUUACAUCGCUUCUCGAAUGGCCUUACCCUCCAGUUAGCCCAAAUGGUACCGAACGAGCUCAAGAGACUAUCCGAGUACCUCUUGAAUAUCUUCCAAGUGUCCGGCCAGGCUGGCGAUUGGAUCAUGGCUUUGGUGGAAGAAGAGAUUGAUGGCACGCUCAAAGAGUCUCCAGCUACACGACUUCGCUUCAGCAAACGACUCGGGUCCAGCGAGUCCAACGAAACACACUUCGGAUCGAACAGUGACCGGGAGCUGUUCGUCAGAGACAUGAAUAACAACGCCAAGCUGGAGGCAAACUUGCUAUUUCGCGGGAACACACUGUUGACCAAAUCACUCGACUUCCAUAUGAAGCGCCUGGGCAAGGAGUACCUCGAAGAGACCUUGAGUGAUAAGCUAAGAGAGAUCAACGAGAAGGAUCCCGAGUGUGAGGUGGACCCCAACAAGGUGUCAUCUCAGCACGAAUUGGACCGGAACUGGCGACGGCUGAUCAACCUUACGGAAGACCUAUGGCGAGCGAUAUACAACUCAGUCUCUCGGUGCCCGCAAGAGCUAAGGUUGAUCUUCCGACAUAUCCGCGCUUGCGCUGAAGACCGCUUCGGUGACUUUUUGAGGACUGUUCAGUACAGCAGUGUAUCAGGUUUUUUGUUUUUACGAUUUUUCGUGCCUGCCGUCCUCAACCCGAAGCUCUUCGGCUUACUAAAAGAUCACCCCAAACCACGAGCCAGACGGGCACUGACCCUCAUCGCGAAAUCUCUCCAGGGUCUGGCGAAUAUGACCUCGUUCGGGACCAAAGAGGCGUGGAUGGAGCCAAUGAACGCAUUCUUGACAACCCAUCGUCAGGAGUUUAAGUCAUACCUAGACAACAUCUGCUCAAUAUCUUCGAUGGCGUCGCCUUCGCCUCCAAUACCUCCUUCUUACAGCACGCCGCUCGCCAUACUCCAGCGACUUCCACCAACAUCCCGAGAGGGCUUCCCAUCGUUGCCUUACCUCGUUGAUCAUGCUCGUAACUUUGCUGCGCUUGUCGAUCUCUGGCUAGAGAACACAAAGAGCACUGCACCGAGUAUCGAAACCACCGACGGUGACUUGCUCAAGUUCCACCAGAUCUGUGUUGUGCUCAAAGAACGCACGUCGGACUGUCUAAAUCGCGCCGAACGUGCGGAGCGACCUUCGUCAUCUCUGAGCGUCAAAUGGGAAGAAUUGGUGGAGCAGCUGCAAGGCUCUGCGAGUUUCGAUUCGGGCAGAGGCGCUGCAACCAAGAACAGAGUAGCCACAAAAGACGAUGGUAGGGAGAGCCUACCAACCUCGCCAGGUACCGUUGACGAGCAGACAUCUUCAUCCUCGACAAGCACGCCAGUUACCAUGAAGCCUGUAAGAAUUCCACGGACGCGCCACCAGCAACACCCAAGCAUCUCGGCUUCGGCCAGCUCUCUCACCAGCACUGCUUCAAACACGGUCAACAGUCCGUUUGCCGCACCAAAAGUUCCUCGCAACGCUGGCUAUGCUCCCUCACUGCCCGACUCGAUCUCACAGUCGGCGUCUACCAAUGCCUCCGCGUCUGCCUCUGCUACCGAAGAAACGCCCCCGGGCUCAAGCGACGGCCUCCACAUGGCGCCACCCCCUUCCUACCCCCAGACCCGUGCGAAUCCAUCUGCCCCAGCGGGCUCCUUUGGCUACGCGAAUCCGAAUGCUCAAAUCAACGCCUCCGCGCUCGCGAACUCAGGCGCCUUCUCCCAACCUCCCCGCAGUGCGGGUGGUCACAGCGUCGAAAAUUCGGACGCAGGCAGCAUGCUCGAAGAAGAAUACACUACCGCACUACCCGCCUUCUCCAAGGAUAAAGAUAUCAAGGAGAAGAAAGACCGGUCCGGCUUCCGUGGCGUGCUUCCUUUCCAGCGCAAGCGCAAAGACAAGGAAAAGGGUAAAGAUAAAGAGAAGGAGCAUCAGCGGGACAGGAGCCCGGAGCGGAACGACCAUGGUGCUGGAAGAGGUGGAGGUAGCGCGCUGGGUGAAUAUGCGAGCCAUAGCAGCCUUAGGGGACGAGCCGGGGCUGAGGCUGCCGAUUUCUGACUAGAUGGUUGGUUUACCGGGCGGUAUAUUUCUAAAGGGGACAAAGAAAGAGCGAAGAGUCUGACGGAGAAGGAGCUGAGGAGGAGGAAGAGUGCGAGUGAGCUGUAGAGCUCGCGCACAGGGGUCGACCGACAUCCUUUUGCCGUGA